AUGCUGCGUUUUGCUGCGUUCGCGGUUGCGGCUGUAGAUGCCGCCGAUCAGUGCUGCUUCAAGGACGGCGAUGUCAUCUCGCUCCGAUCGGACACCGGCAACUACAUUGGUCGCUGCGACAGCUGUGUCUCGAACGGCGCCUACAAGGACUCGGUGUUUGUGCACGUCAAGACGCCCGCCUCGUCGCCGUGGGCGCAGUGGACCGUCGUCAACACGGGCAACGGCAAGAUCGCUCUGCGCGCCGACUCGGGCAACCUUGUGCACGUCAAUGACUGGACGACGGCGCCGUGGGCCCAGUGGACGUGCAAGGAGGCGGGCAACGGCAAGGUCGCUCUCCAAGCCGACUCGGGCAAGUACUUGUCUCGGUGCAACAACUCCUUUGUGCUCAUCGAUGAUUGGACGACGGCGCCGUGGGCCCAGUGGACGUGCAAGGAGGCGGGCGACGGCAAGGUUGCUCUCCAAGCCGACUCGGGCAAGUUCCUCGCACGCUGCAACAACUGCGUCGGUGGCGCGUACCCCGACACCGCGAUGGUGCACGCCAAGACGUUCAAAGCUCCGACAUCAGCACCUACGUCAGCACCGACUGCUGGUCCUGCGACCGUGACACCUGCACCCACAACUACGACGCCAACUCGGACCACGGUGACGCCUGCACCCACGACGGUGACGCCUGCACCCACGACAGAGACACCCGUGCCGACGACAGCGACACCCGUGCCAACGUCGUCGACGCCAGCACCGACGACUUCGACGCCGAGCCCUACGACCGACGUGCCGACUCCGACGACGGUGACGCCAGUACCGACGCCUGUGCCAACGAUCCCGGCAACACCAGCUAUAAGCACGGAGACGCCAACGCCGACGCCCGCGACAACGGUGCCGGCUACCGAUACGCCUGUUACGCCGAUGCCCUUGCCCACGACAGAGUCGCCUCUUCCGACAACGGUGACGCCCGCACCCACGACUGUGACCCCGGCCCCGACGACUGAGGCGCCCACCACGUGCACCCAGUCGCGUGUCCGCAAGUCUUGGUCGUCGCUCUCUGAUGCUGAGAAGACGACGUACAAGAGCGCCAUCGCCUUGGCGAUGGACUCGGGUCUCUACCAGCGGUUUCUCUCCAUGCACUACGACCAGAUGGGCAACAUGCAGGCACACAACACAUGUGUCUUCAUCUACUGGCACCGGCAGUUCCUCGUCGGCUUUGAGAACAUGCUUCGGUCGCUCAAACCAGCGUUCGCGUGCGUCACGAUCCCGUACUUUGACUACAUCAACGACAACACCAAGUACAUGGCCGGGACGUGCACCACCAUGAACACGUGCUCGCCGAUCUUGAACGAGCUCGGGAGCGCGACCGCCGGGAUGAUCAAAUCGGUCACGUUUGGCGGCAGCACGGUCUCGGGUCGGUGCGACGCAUCAUUCCCACUCGACCACUUCAAUGAGAACGAAGGCGCGGGCACGAACGGUGCCAAGUGCGUGCCCCGGGGCAGCUACACGUCGACGUACUUUCCGGUGGCUGUCGGGUACACGAGCAUCAGGGCCGCGAUCCUCGGUGACAAGGAUGUGUCGACCGUCAACACGGCGAUCGAGGGCUCGGCGCACAACUACAUGCACAACGCGCUCGGCGGCGCGAUGACCAACCCGUUCGUUUCGCCCGCGGACCCGAUCUUCUACUCGCAUCACGCGACGAUCGACGCGCUCAACGCUAUCUACUACAAGUGCCGCGUCGCCUCCCAAGGCUUGACGGACGAUCAGAAGCAGUCGAGUCCGCUCUCGUUCCAGGGGUGUAGCGUCAACGGGUCGCCGAUCACGGCCACGUCGUCGAUUCUCAUGCGCGCCAUCAUCGGUGGCCAGACCAUUGACGUCCACUCGGAGGCGUCAACCAAGGCUUUCUUCAAGGACGUGCCGACGCAGUACUACCAGCUCACAGACAACACGAACCUUGGCGUCAACAGCUACAGCUACGAGUUCGAGGGGCUUCUCGGAGACCUCUACACCAACUGCGGCGCGGCCGCGUCCGGGAGCCUCCGCCAGCUUACGUAUGGAACGGACGACGGCCCCAUGAGCGCGUUCGGACACCUUCAAAACUAUGUGAACCACCGCCAGAAGCACAAGCACGUGGCCAAGUACACUAAGUGGCGGCGCUCGCUGACCAAGGCCGCGAAAGGGUACGGCUGGACGGACGAGAAGGUCGAGGGCGAGAUCUUCAAGGUCGUCGUGUCGUAUUACUACUACUGCCUUCCCGGCAGCGUCACGGACCUCAGCGACGAGUUCAAGGCGCUGUGGCAUGUCUCGACGCCGUCGCAGCCGAUGCAAGUGCUCUCAAAGCUCCUCGACGGCUCGGACCCGAUCCAGCUCGCUGGCUGGGAAGACAUCAACCACGAGGCUUUUGGCUGCCGCGGCGACUCCAAGCCAGCGUACUAG